AUGAUUAAAUUUAAGAUUGGUAGAAGUAAUAAAAAAAAUGAAAAAAAAAGUAAUAUAGAUAAUAAUGAGGAAGAUAUAAAAAAAAAAGGAUUUGAUGAUAAUAUAUUAAAUGAUCAAGUUGUAACAGAUUUGAAUUCAGAAGAAUUAAAUGAAAAGAAUUAUAUAAACGAAAUAUUAGAUGAAUCUAGUGAAGAUGAUGAUAACAUCAUAAAUUCUUCAUAUGAAGAAAAAAAGAAAAUAGAGAACAAGGAAGAAAAUUAUUAUUAUAUUAAUGAUGCAAUAAAAAGAAAUUAUCCAUUAGAAUAUGAAGAUAAUAAAAUAUAUCCAAAAGUAUAUUGUUAUGAACCUACGAAUUUUGAAAAUUUUAAAAAAAAAAUUAAAAAUAAAAAUGAGUUGAGGCAUUAUGAAUGUUAUUCAUCCACUAUGAAUGAAUUUUUUUAUAAAUAUAAUGAAAAUUAUUAUGAUGAUAUUUUAAAAAAUGAAAGUUUUAAAAAAUUUGCAGAAGAAUUAUGGUCCAAUAGAAGUAAUAUUAAAACAGAUCAACAAUAUCAAGAUCUUUGUGUACAGCUAAGAAAAAAAUAUAAAAUCAGUCCUUCAAAGCAUCAAAUAAGUGUCGCUUUACAACAUCAUUAUUUACAAUCAUUAGAUGAUGAUAAGAAGGAUAUGGAAAAUAUAAUACAACUACAAAAAAAUAGUGAUCAUGUAGGUGACAUAAAGGAUAUCGAUCAUAUUAUCAGUACGGGCAACACAAAUGAUGUUGAUAACACAAAUGAUGGUGAUAACACAAAUGAUGUGGCUAACACAAAUGAUGGUGAUAACACAAAUAAUAUGAACAAUACCAAUAACCAUGACAGUAGUCAUGUAGAUGAAACAAACAACCUUAGUGAAGAGGAUGAAUUUAUAAUAAACAAAAAAGGGAAAGAUGUAAAAUAUGUGUUAGAAAAUGUUAAUAAAAUGAUAAUUACGAAAGAAAUGAAAAAUUAUAAAGAUUUAGAUAAAGAAAGUGUACAUUUCCUACAAAUUAAUAAACGUAAAGGAGUUAGAUCUAAUAGUGGUGUUUUAGUUGUAACCAUUAUUACACAUCCUCAUAAAUUUAGUUGCAAAUAUGAUUGUCAUUAUUGUCCUAAUGAACCAAAUCAACCACGUUCUUACUUAUCUACAGAACCUGCCAUAUUAAGAGCUAACCAAAAUAAUUUUGAUGUCAUUUGCCAGUUCUUUAAUAGAACUACGACCUUAGUAAAUAAUGGACAUGUAGCUGAUAAAAUUGAAGUACUAGUAUUAGGUGGGACGUGGAGUUGUUAUGAUAUCGCUUACCAAGAAGAAUUCAUAAGAGAUGUAUAUUAUGCUGCUAAUAUAUAUCCUGUAUUAAAAGAUAGAAGAAAAAAAUUAACCCUAAAAGAAGAACAAGAAAUUAAUGAAAAAAGUAAUUGCAGAAUUAUAGGAUUAACCUUAGAAACAAGACCUGAUCAAAUUAAUAAAGAUGAAUUAUUAAGAUUAAGGUAUUAUGGUUGUACUAGAGUUCAAUUAGGUAUUCAACAUAUAGAUGAUGUUAUUUUAAAAAAAGUUAAUAGACAAUGUACUUUAAAAGAUUGUAUAAGAGCAAUUUAUUUAUUAAAAGAGAAUGGAUUUAAAGUUGAUAUUCAUCUAAUGCCUGAUCUACCAUAUUCUGAUGUAUAUAAAGAUAUUCAUAUGUUUAAAUAUGUCUUAAGUUCAAUAGAUUUACAAGCUGAUCAAUGGAAAAUUUAUCCAUGUGAAAUCACACCAUUUACCAAAAUUGAAAAAUGGUAUAAUAAUAAUGAAUAUAAACCAUAUUUUGAAACAAAUAAAAAUCUCUUAAUUUCAGUAAUUCUACUUGUUAAAAAAUCUAUACACCCAUGGAUUAGACUUAAUCGUGUUAUUAGAGAUAUUCCAAACCCUUCCAUCAUUGCUGGAAAUAAUAUAACAAAUAUGAGACAACUUAUAGCUCACGAAAUGAAUAUAAGAAAUAUUUUCUGUCAAUGUAUUAGGUGUAAAGAAGUCAAAAAUCAAGAAAUCGAAAAAAAAAGUGAUUCCAUAUUUUUAAGAAUUUAUAAAUAUCCAACACUUGGAGGAGACGAAUACUUUAUUACUUUCCAAGGAAAAAAAAAAGUUGUUAACCAUCAUGGAAAAAAAAAUAAAAAAAAUAAAAAAAGUAAAACAUCAAAAAAAGAUAGCAUUAAUCAAAAUUGUUAUGAACAAAUGAAGGAAAAAGAUAACAAUAAAAAAAUAAAAAAUAAAAAUAACGACAAUAAUGAUAAUAAUAAUAAUAAUAAUAAUAAUAAUAAUAAUGAUAAUAUUAAUAAUAAUGAUAAUUAUUAUUAUUCUGAUUCUAAUGGUCAUCUUUCUUCAACAUCAAACCUCUUGGAAAAUAUGGAAACCUUCUUUAAUGAACAUGAAACAAACAAUAAUGAAAUCAAACAUAUACAUCAUACACAACAUGAAAAGUCAGGAACUAGCCAAAAUAAUAAAAAUUCUGAACAUUCAGGUGCUAGCCAAAAUAAUAAAAAUUCUGAACAGUCAGGUGCUAAUCCAGAAAAUGUUCACAAUAGCAAUAUUUCAGAAAAUAAGCUGGAUACAGAAAUUCCGGUAGAUAACAACAUAUAUGAAGAUUAUGAUAAUGAGUAUUCUUUAUUAGGAUUUUUAAGAUUACGAUUAAGAAAGAAAAAUAACUAUUGUGAUGAUCGACCGUUUAAAUGUUUAGAAAAUUCGGCUUUAAUAAGAGAAUUGCAUGUAUAUGGGUCUUUAUUAAAGCAUGAUGAUUUUAAAGACGAGUUAAAUUUUAUUCAACAUAAGGGGUUAGGAAAGUGUUUAGUGUUAGUAGCAGAAAUUAUAUCAUAUUUUUACAAUUACAGAAAAGUAUCAAUAAUAGCAGGUGUCGGUACAAGGGAAUAUUAUAAAAAGUUGGGAUAUACAAAAGAGGAAACAUAUGUGACCAAAAUAUUGAAACGAGAAGAAAUAUAUAAAAAUUAUUUAUUAAAUAUUGAUAGAAUAGGAAAGACAAUAUUAAUACAUGAAUAUAAUUUAAAGCAUUGUUUAUAUUUAAUGCACAAAGAAAUACCUGAACCAGAAAAGUAUAAACGUACUGAAAUAACAAAUUUAAAUACUUAUAUAAAUGAAAAUAUACUUCAUGCAUCAGAUAUGAAAAAUUAUUUAGUUCAUAAAAAAAAAUGUACUACAUCAUCUAUAAAUGUUCAACGUUUAUUGGAAACCGAAACAAAUCAAAUUGUUAAUAUCUUAUGGAAUCAAUUUAAUAAAUGGUCCCUUGACUUUUUUAUUAAAAAUCGUUUAAUUUUCAAUGUAUCAACAAUUGUAUUUUUUAGUUCAACCUUUUUAUUUACUAUCCAAUUUUUUAAAAAGAGAAACAUUCAUACGUAG